UAUGGGCGUAAAUUGUUGUCGAGCUGUGAUAUGUUUGAAGCGUGCUCGAGCGGCAUAGAAGGAAUUUUGGUGCGAAAUGCUGAUGACGAGUGCCUUAAUAUACCUGCUGAAUGCUCAAAAAUUACUUCUGUUGUUUCCGAUGCUCUCUCAUCUUGUAAGGAUUGGCAUGAUUUAUUCGUUGAAAACAAUGCUGUUGAGAGUCGUCUCUCAUGGUGCGGUAUGAAUCUUUGUAAAUGCAAUGAAGAUUGGACUACGGCAUUCACCGAAUUCCUUCAGAUGCUCCUCUUCCUAUCGCAUCAAAUCGAGCAGGUGCAAGAACAGCAGCAGAGUCCGAUCAUAGAAGAACUUUUCACGCAUGUUCAAAAAUUACCGGGACUUUCAGAAGGCAAAGCUCAAAUUUUUUCUGUUUUCCAAGGUUACUUAGUUGAUAGCGAUUUUGAUACCUUGGUUUCUUUUAAAAUUCUACGAAUUAAGAGAAAUUGGUACUGUUUUUCCUCAAAAUCGAAUUAUCAAUCUGUAGCACGAAUAUAGCG